GCGACAGGUGAAACACCCUCCACUGCGCGUGUCCGCAGGAGUUGUUGUCAGCGGUGGUUAUGGAGAUGAGACGGGACCACGAGCUGACAACUGCUCGGUGAUGUCCGUGGACAGAUUUCUGUCAAACACACGCAAGGACGCGUCUCUCUAGUCCAAAGUGUUGAUCGACAACAGGUAGGACGAGAGGGAUGCCCAGGAAAAUAGGAUUCAUUGUGGUCAACUCAUCAAGUCAUGAGGACAACUUCACUGCCAAGGAGCUCAUGGUCCACGCUCCCACAGCCACUGGCUGGAGAUCCAGCAGGCUGUGUUCUUACCCUCAACACGUCACCCUCCAGCUGGUGGAGAGAAGUCGGGUGAGGAAGCUGCAGCUUCUCGCCCACCAGUACCUGAUCCCAGCUAAGGUGGAGUUCCACAUUGGAGACUCCCUCCCUAAAACCAGCUCUCCAGGGUUCCCACGGCAGCUUCGCAGACUUGGGUAUGUGCCUCUGUCAGACAAUGAGAAGACAGGCUUCAUAGCUCGGGAGCUGAAGUCAGUCUACGUAGAUGCGGUUGGAACUUUCCUGAGAAUAACCUUUCAUAAGAACCACGUCAACAGUAACAAUCAACACAACCAGGUUGCUUUGGUUGCCAUUAAUGUGCUGGGAGAUUCUUUGGAUGGCAAUGCUUUUGACACAAUUCCAAGCAGAGAGCAGCUGAUCGAACACUACCUCAAUUCUACUCAGCAGGAAGCUGCCUUGGAGACAACCUUCAUGGGUCUCACAACCAGCAAAUAUGAGUCAUUCUCCCCCUUUGACGACCUGGCCUUCGAAAUGUACCAGGACCCCGAAGUUGCUCAACUCAUCCGUCUCAUGGACCAACAGAAGCAGGACAUGGUGCAGCAGGAGAAAUACGAGCAGGCCAAAUAUCUGAGACAGGCCAUCGCUGACCUGCAAAAGGUGGGGGAGCGCUUGGCUCGAUAUGAUGUGGAGAAGCAAUGUGCCAUAGAUAAGGAAGACUAUGACCUGGCCAAGAAGAAGAAGGAGCUGAUGGAGGAGUACAGGAGGAGUGUCUAUCAGCAGCUGGAGGAAUACAACCUGUUGGACAAGACAAUGAUCGCAAUGGCAAUGGAUCCACCCUCUCUUCACGAUCCUCCCUCUCUGCUGCCUUCUCCAGGUCACUCUUCAGUCCCGGCCAAGCCCCUUGUGUCCACAGACACAUUUAAGAAGGAGAAAAAAGCGAAUACACCUCAGAAACAGCAGUCAGCCACAAAGGCUGCUGUCCUCAAAACAAGCUGCCAACAUGACAACCCCAGCACCCCCUCUGCUAUACCCAAGUUAGAUUCGACCAGUUCGCCUUAUGAUGAGAGGCCACUGCCAACCCAUCAGAGGAAAGAGCAGCCAGUGGAGACCAUCCGGAGUCCCGCGGAGCAGCAACCCCCCGAACCUCACACUCAAAGGAGCCCACUGAACUCUGAGAUGAGCGCAGAGCUUGAGCCCCAGAGAGAGGCUGGCCUUUCAAUAGAUGUUUAUGGAGAAAGUGUGGUGGCUUUGGCAUAUUCCAAAAGCUGGCUCCACAGAGAAAAUGCUCUGCUGGCUGUGCACAAGAGGCUUUUGGAGGUAUCACCCACCACCCCCAAGGAGGAGCUGAGAAAGAUGAUAAGAGCUGCAGUCUUCCUGGCGAAGAAGGCCCUCCAGGAUAAAGUAUCAUCGGUUCUCCAGGCCUCCUUCAAGCUGCUGCGGCUAAUACUGAGCCAGCUGAUCCCAGGUCUGGGCUUAGGCCAGUCUGAGGUGAUCUACUGCAUUGAGCAGACCUGGCCCAACCUGCUGGCCAGAACUGGAGACUCUGCCAGCCGCCUCCGGGCCAUGGUCACUGCCUUCAUACAGGAGAUUGCGGUUUUGAAGGAUGUACGGGCCCUGCAGGUAAUCCCCACUGACCUAGUGAAGGCCAUCAAAUUCAAAUCCCCCCCUCGUAUUGCUCAGAGUCGGGUGGAGCUGCUCGAGAAGCUACUCGCUGAACUGGGCACAGAGAAAUCUGGCUUCACCCUGGACAACGUCAUGACGUUCUGUGCAGUGUUGUUGAAGCACACUGCACCAGCAGUUCGAGAGGUGACGCAGCGCAUCGUCUUAUCCAUGUACCAGCAGCACAGGAGUGCCAUUCUCAGCUACCUUCCACCCAGCGAUGAUCCUGAACGCAACGAAUUCCUCUACAAAACCCUCUUUGAUGGGUUUGCCAAAAUUGAUGGAAAGCUGACGUUGAAGAAGGGAGGUGGUCAGCAGGAGGGGCAAAAGGAAAAGGAGGAGAUCCACUCUCUUCAGGAGCAGCUGGCUGCCUUGAAAGAGAUCACAGAGAGAGGCAAUGAAGGGACCAAAGGACAAAAGGCCAAGAAGGAAAUCCCUAGAGUUGAGAAAGAGUCCCAAAAAGCUGCCAAAGCAACUGCCAGUAAAGUGCAACAGAACAAGAUAACAGACCAAUCAGAAGUCCAACAAUCUACAAACUAUCUGGACAACUUGUGUAUAUUCUGUGGUAAAAAGGACAAGUCAUUCACAGAAGAUGGAUUGGACCUUCAUUACUGGAAACACUGUCCUAUGCUGCAACGCUGCAGUGAAUGUAGACAGGUAGUGGAGAUAGCCAGCCUCAUAGAGCACCUACUGGGUGAAUGUGAAAGCAAUUCCAAGUUCAGCCAAUGUCCGCGCUGCUCUGAGGCCGUGGCUUCUGAAGAUUUAACUCGACACGUCCAGGGUCCUUCCUGCAACCCUCCCAUCUCCGGUAAAGGCUCCAACCACUGUCCUUUGUGUCACAGCAACUUCAUGCCUGGGGAGGAGGCCUGGAAGGCUCACCUCAUGGGCAGGGAGGGCUGUAAACAAAACUCACGCAGGACUGCGGUGUCCCAGAGAACCCAGCCAGCACAAGGCAGGGCUGUCGGUGGAGCCAAGCUGAAGCAGUCCUGGUCGGUCGGGGCCAGAGGCAGACCUAUUGGCAGAGGCAGUCGGAUCCCAGCCCUGGCUUCUCUGGCCAGAGGACAUUCGCAAGGGAAGCAGUGAAGCUGGUUCCACAACAGCACCUCUGGGGACAUCCCAGCAUCUCCACCCCACUUCCAUGCUGUUCUGUUCCCAUGUUCCUAAAGCACUUUGAGAAAAGAUAUAGAAUGGAUUUCAAAUGUACUCACUGACAUAUGCAAUAAGAUUUUAAAGGCCAAGCCAGGCUUUUGUUUGAAGCCAUCAAUAUGCUUUAACUUUUUAAGUCUACCAAAAAAAGGAGUACAUCUGUUUUAUCAGCUAAUGUUCAGACUGGCAUUACAACAUGGUAUUGCUUUCACUUAUUUAGACACAUGUACUCUUUCUAAAUUCUCAUCUUGUAUUAGUCAGUGACAGAGAAUCCACACAGAGAAGACAUGACUGGAAACUUUCAUCGUCAAAUCUGUCGUGUUUAGUAAAUGUGCUGACAUCACUGUACCACCAUGUCCCCCUGUAACAGUAUGUGGGUGUGUAGUUACCAAAACACGACCAGUAGCAUCUCCUCAUUACACCAGUCUGUUUGGUAAAUAUUCACCUCUUUCAAGCUCCACACCCUCAUUUCACAGAACAGGCUUCUGCUUAUAAACACGUUGUCUCCGAGCUGAGAUCAUCUCAUUGACGCCACCGUGACUUCAUCAGGGUUACUUUCUCAGUCUCAAGACGGAGACACCCAAGACAUUUGUUUUCACCAGCUUGCAAACCAUCAUGUUUUCCUAUUUACUGCUGGAUACAGGCAGUUAAAUGUUGUUUUGAAUGUGAACUUUUUAUUGCAUGGUAAACAAGGUACUUAUCAUCAAUAGUGGUGUCUGAGCAUGUUGGUCAAAAAUCUCCAGUCCAAUCCAGGAUUUAAAGAAAACUAAAAUUUAUAUUCAUGAUCACUGUUGUACAAUCUUUCCCAAGCUUUUAAGUUGGUUAUUCAGUGAUGAUGUCAUCAAUCAUUGAAUCUCAGCCACAGACGAUGACGCUGUCUGAUGCAUAGAAUCGCUCCUCUGCUUGUUGAAGGGUUAGUGAGAGGAGAGGAGGAACGAGGUUCAGUUACAAGCACGAGACUGAGACAUUCUAGCAGACAGUGCUUUGGUCCUAAAGCCAUUGUAGACGUGGUGUAGCUUUACCGUCAGCUUAACAUUUUCAUAUCUGUUUACAUUAUUCUUUUUGAGUCAUUUCAUCCAGGAACAAAGCAGCAAUUUGCCAAAGGGACGGUUCUUAAAAGCAGUUUAGAUGUAAUCUAUUCUUCCUCAUAAUGCCUGUACUGGCAAUCCUGAGAAGAUGGCAGGUUUCUGUGCUUUACUACUAUUUACUAGUGAGACACAGAGUAGACCUUUGCAACAUUUUUAAAAAGAUGGAGAUAAAUGUCAGAUUUAAAGCAGCAUGUAUAUACACAGAACUGUGAUCAUGUUGAUUGUAAUGUGUCUGUGGUUCAUCAACAGUUCACGCAGAAAUAACAAACGUCUGUGGGUCUCUGAACUAACGGAAACAUCCUUUAAAAAUAGUUUGAGGGAAGGUCAGAUUUUUUCAUACAUGAUACGAGAAUGUAAAAUUCUUUGUAAAUGUUCAUUAUAGCAUCAACUGUUGUAUUACUUCACAAACAACUCAAAUAUUCUAAUAUAGCUGAUAGUAUAUAUUUGGUCUCUAAUUUGCCAAUCAAUUAUAUUGGCUCUAACGUGCUUCUGUAUUAUAGUCUGUUGCAACAGUGGAUACUGAUAAUGUUUUCUGAAUACAUUUAGGAAUUAAAUGACUAUUUUUCUGCAAAUGUGAGUGUAUUUGUUUAAAUAAAGCAUCAUAAAGCUGCACUGCAGAUGUGAUUUCACACGACUGAAGGUUUCUGUCACUAUUUCUACCAAAGUGUUAAAAUGAUUUGCGAUGAAGCUCUGUCAGCCAUUAGAAAUCUGGAAACACCCUCUGAUACACAAAGAACAUACAAACACCCUCUUGUU